UGCAGCUCUCGUGAAAGACGAAGAAGAAAUGGCCAGCACUGGUAAGCCACAUCAACGCGUCGAGAUUUCCGACGAGUCCCUCGAGGGCGAAGGCGAGUCCCUGGCGACGCCAGGCGACACCUCUCAGAUGCCGUCGCCCGUGCGCGCCGCGAGAAGCAUCUGGAGAGCGGCGGAUCCUGAGCCGCAAGACGGGGACACCGGCUACGAGACCAAGGCUGCCCCGGCGACUGGACCGUCCGGACGCGGCAGCCUCGUGCCCUGUCUCGCGAUGUUGGCCGCAGCGACUCUCGUGUUCCUCUUCUGUCUCGUCGCACUACUGACGGCCCAUGGUAACAGCGCCAGAGAGCAAGUGUUCUCAAAGCGGAGCGAGUCAGAGGGGCCUCCGAGCCAGGACGGCGGUGAAUCCGGCCGAGCCACCGGGGGCAGCGAGUGGUGGUCCGAUGGCACGAGGAAUCAUCAGAAGCGGCGCAAAGUAAAUGUGCCCUCCUUUUCGACAAUGGCUCCUGCGUGGUCGUCGGCACCUUCACAAAAGCUUGUCCAGAUCAGCAUUAACACCACAUCAAAGCCUCCUGGCGACUCGUUCACUGCGCCCGAUAACACCUCUUCAUGGAUUACGCCAAGAGCACCUUCACCUAAUUCGGAUACAGAUUAGUACCCUCGCAUUUUUGCCCACACAAGCGACUGCCCAUAAAAUAUCCACCAUUAAGUGCGCACUGUGGUAACUCCUGAUAAGAAUCACACAAAACCAUUCUCAUCGAUGCCGGACUCGUGACACUUUAGCGAAGGGGUAUGUUCAGUACCUCUAAUAAAAGUUGUGAAUAAGUGACAGUACGAGUGAAAAACUGAUCCCACGUGUUCAUGAUCUGUACCUUUCUGAUUGAUCAAAGACAUUGUAACUAUUAUUUUAUUGCGAUACAAGGAAUCUGGGCGCAGUUGAAAUCAUUCGGAACUAGUUAUGCUACUUGGCAAUGAUCCCAGUGAUUUACUGUAACCAUCAGCCUCCUCAGCGAAGUUCAGUGGAAAUUCACGCAAUGUUUCCCAGUUUCUGUCGCGUCGCUCGCAUUUUGGCACAUAAUCUUUGUAACAGUUUAGUAAAGCAUACGCAAUAAAGCUUUAUCGUCUUA